AUUAUGCCAAGGAACAAUGUUGAAGUUAGUUGACGCGCUUCAUUCUGACAAAAGUCGUGCUUUGCCACCAUCUUGUGGCAUCUUGGUGCCAAGGAACUCUGUUGAAGUGAGUUUAGGAGCUGUAUUUAGACUAAUGUGCUUUUCCGCCACAUUGUGGCAUCUUGUGCCAAGGAACUAGGUUGAGGUGAAUUGAGAAGUUUUAGUUCAACAAAAAAAUGCUUUGGUGCCACCUAGUGGCAUUUUGUUCUCAAAGAACUAUGUUGAUGUGAGUUCAGAUGCUUCAUUUGGACAAAAGUAGAGCUUUGCCACAAUCUUGUAACAUCUUGGUUCCACAGAAUUAUGUUGAAGUGAGUUCAGGAGCUUUAUUUCAACAAAAUUAGUGCUUUGAUGCCACCUUACGGCACUUUGUUCCCAGCGAACUAUGUUGAAGUGAGUUCAGGGACUUCAUCUGAACAAAAGUAGAGCUCUCCCACCAUCUUGUGGGAUCUUGGUGCUGCAGAACUAUCUUAAAGUUAGUUGAGGAGCUUCAUUUGGACAAAAAAAAUGGUGUUUUUUGCACCAUCCUGGUGCCAAGGAACUUUGGUGAAGUUAGUUGAGAAGCUUUAUUUAGACCGAAGUAGGGCUUUGCUGCCAUGUUCUGACAUCUCGGUGCUAAGAAACUACUGAAAUGAGUUGAGGAGCUUCAUUUAGACAAAUGUGUUCCAAGGGUGCCAUUCUGACAUCAGUAGGCAGUUAUAAACCUGAUCUUAGGAGCGUCAAUUACUCGCGGAUAUCUGCGGCCGUGUGCCCGUGAAUCAGAGGAAUGCUGUUAUAAUCAAAAUAAUUGCAAAAAAACAAAAAAACAAAGAAAACGUGUACGGUAUAUGUAAUAUUCCCACCUGUGGUAUUUUUCACGGUGCGAAAGGGGAAUUGGGUCUAAUUUAAAGGUUGGUGUUUUCAGAGUGAAAAGAGAAAUAGAUGAACAGAGGGAGUGGUUGCGCGAUGACCAGCAGGCAAAGAGUUAAAGCGGAUCCUUCGUGUUGUGGAGCUGCGUGGCGUGGCGUCGCUGGGGAGAAAGAGGCGCAACGACAGGGUUGUUGUUUCCCCGGUGGAAAACUGGCGCACAUCUGCUCCAACUGUUGAACGUCUCCCGUGGGAGGGUCGGAACCGGGGAAAGUUGCGCAAUCCGGAGGGACGAUCGCUUCGCAGGACUCGAGUGAGGCCAAGCCACACUCGGUUGGCAAACAAGUGGUUUCGGAGAUGCGAUGUUUGGACACGACUGAAGCAGCAGCCAGUCUUCAUAUAGCGGCGCCGAUUUGACGAUGAUCAGCUCCGUGUGCGUUUCGUCUUACCGAGGGCGCAAGUCCGGCAACAAGCCUCCGUCCAAAUCAUGCCUGAAAGAGGAGCUGUCCAGAGGUGAAGACUCAGAUAAGAUCAUCAUCAACGUAGGUGGCAUCCGACACGAGACCUACAAGAGCACCCUCCGCACCCUGCCGGGCACCCGCCUGGCAUGGCUGGCCCACCCGGAGCCGCAGGUGCAGGUGCAGGGCUCCGAAGAGUCGUGCAACUCGCCGCCGCCGAGCAGCAGCGCCGGCGAGUUGUUCUUCGACCGUCACCCGGGCAUCUUCGCCUACGUGCUCAACUACUACCGCACCGGCAAGCUGCACUGCCCGGCCGACGUGUGCGGGCCGCUCUUCGAGGAGGAGCUGGCCUUCUGGGGUAUCGACGAGACGGACGUGGAGCCGUGCUGCUGGAUGAAUUACCGGCAGCACCGCGACGCCGAGGAGGCCCUGGAGACCUUCGAGCCGCCCGAGCCGGACGACAACGCAGACGACGACGAUGACGACGGCGACGUGACGCGUCGCUUCGGCAUCGAAGAGUGUCCGGGCAGGUCCAAGAGCUGCUGCCAAGUUUGGCAGCCCAAGAUCUGGGCCCUGUUUGACGACCCCUACUCGUCCAGAGCAGCCAGGGGAGUGGCCCUGGCGUCCCUCUUCUUCAUCCUGGUGUCCAUCACCACGUUCUGCCUGGAGACCCACGAGGCCUUCAACGAGCUCCAGAACCGAACAGAGCUGGUGCUGGUGGGCAACGUGACGCGAGCCGAGGAGCGCUUGGAGAUGGUGACCAAGCCCGUCCUCACCCUGGUGGAGGGCGUAUGCGUGCUGUGGUUCACUUUUGAGUUCCUGGUUCGGAUCGCGUUCUGCCCGGACAAGCUGCUCUUUGUGAAGAACUCAUUGAACAUCAUUGACUUCGUGGCCAUCCUGCCCUUCUACUUGGAGAUGGGCCUGAGGCGCCUGUCGUCCAAGGCGGCCAACGACGUCCUGGGAUUCCUGCGAGUGGUCCGCUUCGUCCGCAUCCUUCGGAUCUUCAAGCUGACCCGACACUUUGUAGGCCUGCGCGUGCUCGGGCACACACUAAGGGCGAGCGUCAACGAGUUUCUGCUGCUUAUCAUCUUCUUGGCUCUUGGAGUUCUUAUAUUCGCCACCAUGAUUUACUACGCCGAGCGGAUCGGAGCCAGUCCGCACGACCCUACCGGUGCCCACCACACGCACUUCAAGAACAUCCCUAUCAGCUUCUGGUGGGCCGUGGUCACCAUGACCACACUUGGCUAUGGAGACAUGUACCCGCAGACGUGGCUGGGCAUGAUGGUGGGGGCCUUGUGCGCCCUGGCCGGUGUGCUGACCAUCGCCAUGCCCGUGCCAGUCAUCGUCAACAACUUCGGGAUGUACUACUCGCUGGCCAUGGCCAAGCAGAAGCUGCCCAAGAAGAAGAAUAAGCACAACCCCAAUCCUGAGGCUCAGACUGACUCGGCUUCCUUUGGAAAGUCGGACAGCAACUCAUGCAGGGAAAGCACUCAGAGUGACACGUGUCCUCUGGCGGCCGACAACAAUCGAGCAGAGUCCAAACAGAACGGCGAUGCGAACGUGGCCCUUUCUGAGGAGGAAGGCUGCAGCUUGACACAGCCGCUGUCCCCCAGUGAAAAAUGGUCCCUGCGCUGCCCCCGAGGGCGAGAUCGGACCAAGAAAGAAGCUACAUGCUUCCUGCUCACCCCUGAAGAGCCCAGUGUCCACUAUGGUGACUUAUUGCACCACACAGCACAAAGCCUAGACUUGUAAAGACAAGAUGGCGUCGUCUGCAAACUACACUAAGCCGGACGUCGCCACACUGACUGGAUGCUGAUUGGCCAGGAUAAGGAGGGAAAAAAGCAUGAACUUCACGUUUUCCCCCUUCCUAAAGGAUCCUAGACUCAAUUCUUCCGUUUUUUCCCCCCCUCCAGACAUACUAAGGUGAAUACGAGUUGCAUCUUUGACCAUGUAUCCAGUAUAUCACGUUUAAAAGCAUGUAGUGCAUGAUCUAGUGUUAUAUGAGCUGGUCAUUAUUUUAGUAAUGUAGCAACAUUUGCAUUUAAUAUUACAUGUGUUACCUUUAUGUUUGCCUACCUCUGCUUAACGGUCUUUUUUUUAACUAUGCAACUAUUUCCCCUUUGGAUUAAUUGCUAAUUGACCUUUAGCUAUGACAACAACAACAACAACAACAACAAGACAAAAUAAAAACAAUAAAUCAAAUGCAAUACUGUCCUGAACUCAAGGUAGCGCCGCCACUCAGUGCUGUGCUGUGAUUGGCCAUUGGCAUGUUGGAAAAACGUCAAACCUUUGCGCUAUUGUACAUAGUAACAGUAACUGUGAACUAAGUUUAGAUUAAAAUUUCUAGUUUUAUUAUUAUGGUUUAGUGUUAACAUUAGAGAAUACUGUCUUUAUCACCCACAACACAGCAAUUGUAAAGUCAUCCAUCGCCUUUGUACACUUACAAUUGAUAUGUCUCGAAAAAAAUCAAUGUGGGGCAAUAUUGUUUGCCUAUGACAUUCGCUGUAGCAACGCUGGUUGAGUCAGGACCAAAUGUGCACUCAUGCAGUAGAAAAAAAUAACACCAAGGCUGGAUUCACUCUGCAUGCUUCAAGUUCAAGUGACAAUUCCCAUGUUUUGCUGUCAAGUGGCCCCAUUGGGAUAUGGGUCAUGGCAGCGUUAAGAGAAAACAAAAGGGAAUUAGGCCCCUUUCAAAUGUGGAUAAAAAUCAGAUAACCCAAACAAACACAUUAAAAUACAGUUCACAUCGACAAUUUAAUUUGGUCUAAAUAUUACAUCAGAGGUAUAACAAGAAAAACACAUGGCCAUAAAAAGUCUACACAUCCCAAGAUGAGACAAAGAUGAAUCAUUUCUAAACUUUUUCCACCAUAAAUGUGACCUAUAACCUGUACAACUCUGCAGUUUGUUAACUAAAUCUCCCAAACACGUGGAAAAAUGUGUUUCAGUCUGAUGAAACCAACUUUUUGGAUACAAUUCCAAAAGCUAUGUUUGGCGCAAACAGAGGACUGUUCAUCACCAAAAGAACACCAUACCUACAGUAAAGCAUGGUAGUGGCUGUAUCAUGCCUGAGGCUGUUUUUUCACCUGGAACUGGGGCCUUAGUCAAGGUGGAAGGAAUUACAGUAUAAACAGUUCAAAAUAGCAGUUGGUAUUGGCACAAAACCUUUCAGCUUCUGAUAGAAAGCAAAAAAAAAAAUGUCAGGAAAAGAACAUCUGGAAAUUAUUCGGGGUUAAUCAGAAUCACAUAUUAAAUAAUGGCAGGUGUGCGCUGAUUCCCAUUUAACAUGAGUUUGAAUGUGAUUGGUUAAUUCUGAACACUGUCACAUCUCAUAUAAAUGGGUGCAGGCUCACUUUUUCAUAUCACUAAACCUGGCAUACUACAUUCAAGCUGGAUAUACAGUACAUUAAAUAUGAUGAAAAUAUAUUAAAUGAGAGGAGUAUUAAACAUUAAAUAUGAUUCAGGAUGAUGAAGGAAAAUGAAGUUUACUUUAGUGCUGUAAUGCUAGUGUAGUGGUUCUUGCUGUUGCCUUUCAUAACCAGCCACAAGCUUGGAUUAAAAAAAACAACAAAAACAAAAAAUGGGUGUCUCAUGUAAGGAAGGACAGUUGGUGGAAAAAGCAAACACAAGACAAAAAAACUGCCAAACAAAUCAAAAGUCGAAAAUCCCAACAGCAACUGCAAUAUGGAGGUUCCUCUCAUUUAAAUCAAUGGAGGGAGAGUCAUAUAACGUUUACUCUGUCACAUUUAUUAUAUAUAUAUAUAUUUUUUUUUAAUUCCAUGUUGUCUUUGCCUAGUUUUCUAUUUACUAGGUUAUUUAGGAGGAAUUUGUUUUGUUUUAUGCUUUCAGUUACUGCAAAUACAGCCACAUGGGACACUGGAAAUGUACACGGAAAUAUACAAUACAUUUUUUUUUUUUUAAAGGCUUAUAUGCAUUGAAGGAGUGCAGCGUAAAUCCAGCCUCAUGCCAAGUAAUGCAGUUGGACUAUGUGCUGUAAUGUAAUGUGAUUACUUCCUGUGUCAAAACCCGCUGUUGUUGACAAUUGCAUUACACGUAUACAGUGCUCCUCACAGUCUACCAUAGUGGCCUUAUGUUUGUUACAAGUUCAUUCGAAUCCAUGUAUAGACAUUGUGUCUAAUAAGCACAGUUGUACUGUUUGUACAGUAUGUAGCACAGUCCGAUGUUCUUUAUCCUUCUUUGUUUUUGUAA